AUGAACUCGUAUUUCAGGGCCGUCGAUGGCACAGCGCCAUCGGCAUUGUUGUAUGAAGGCGAAGAAUUGCUUGCCUCACAGGAGAGUGUUGGGUUGUAUGAUGGGGAAGAGAAGACUCAAGGACGUCAAGAUGGCACUGUCAUGCUGACUACCCAUCGUCUAUUCUAUAUCGAUGUGGCUCUUCCGAAGCUCAAUAGUUUGGGCCUCAAUCUGUCAUCCGUCAAACAAACGGAGUUUUAUGCUGGCUUCCUGACAUCCUCACCCAAAAUUACUCUCCUUUUGAAAUUGACUGCUGAUGGAGUGGACUCUGCGUCUCCGAUUUCACUUCUAAAUGACGAUGACGGUAUCCGCCCAUUGGGCGGUUCCUGGGUUUGCCCGCUCUGCAGUUACAGGAAUUUGCCUUCUGCAAACGAAGGAAGGCCCGUUUGCGGACUAUGCGGAGUCCCGCGGGACAACCGAGCUUACGUAGCGACCCCUGAAUCGCGACGGCCUCACACACUGUCAUUAAAUCCUGUCUCGAGGUUCGGAACGCCGCCCUCUGCUUCUUCGCAAGCCUCUAUACCUAUUCCGGCGGCAUCUCUGUUGUCGGUUUCCGAUUCUGAGGACUUAGUCUCAUGCUCGGCGUGCACGUAUCUGAAUCACCCCUCAAUGCGAAUAUGUGAAAUGUGUGAUACGGUUCUGCCCACAAGGAGAUCGCCCCAAUCCAUCGGAUCAACAAGUCUUGCAUCAUCACAGGCCACGACUCCCAAGACGGAUACUUCCGCAUUCCUAGUGGAGGUGCCCCUGCCUUCCACAGAUGUCUUGAGGAUUAGUUUUAGGAAAGGUGGCGCAAAGAGUUUUUAUAAUACACUAAAGAAGGCCCUAUUGAGAAAGGCGUGGAUGAGCGAAGAUUCCGGGCGGCGCGUCAUUGGGAAGUCCGAAAACGCAGCCAGAUCUGGCAUUCAGGGGAUUCUUGAUACUGUAGACGUGACCCAGCGAGCAGUAAAUUCCAAUAUAGACACGGGUCUACGCGAUCUCGAAGCGUUGAUGAUCAAAGCCAAGGAAAUGGUUGAGCUUGCAUCUUCCCUCAAUGCGAAGCUCACAGCUCAAGAGGAAGAAAUUGAACGUAGGAAAUCCAUGUUCCCCGACCUACCCCAUUCUGCAGUUGCUCCGGCCUCCUCUUCAACCCAGCCAGAGGAAGUGACUUUCAUCCGAAAGUCUAUGGGGCAGCUUGGACUCCCUACAAUGACUGUCACUCAAGAUAUGGUGAAGGACGAGAAAACGUAUCAUGAAGAACUUGCCAGGGAAUUAGCGGUCAUCCUCAACAGCGAGAGGUACCUAUCGAAUGGGUUGCGCGAUGCGAUUAUUCCAUUAGACGAAUUAUGGAAGACCUGGAACCGAGCGCGUGGUGUUGCCCUCGUUCCCCCCAGUUCACUAAUCGAGUGUGUCUCGUAUCUCCCUCGGUAUACUAAAUUGCCGAUGAAGAUCCGAACCUUCCGUUCGGGUGCCAAAGUCCUUCAAACCCCAGCUUUCGAUGAGAAUGUUUGUUCCACACGAAUCCUCAGCGCCAUUGAAUCUCAAACCGGCACCGAAUGCACCACAGUCGCUAUAGCAGAGAUUCUUAGCAUGCCAAUUGGACUUGUCGAGGAAUUGAUUGAAGAUGCUGAGACCGGUGGCUUCGUUGUUCGAGAUGAAGGCGGUACUAUGGGCCAGACUAUCUGGUAUCCAAAUGAGUUUGGCGAUUUCGAAUGGGACGGGACAGAUGAACGGAUAUGA